AUGACAGCCCUACCGAUUUUAAUAUUGAUGCCCUUCUUCUUGCUUCAACUAAGCCAAAGAUUGAUAAUAUUCCUGGAUGGUGAUCAAGGUGAUGAUUCUGAUGAUAAUGAUGAAGAUGGUGACAAAAGAUCCGAAAGCUCCAGCUCAGACACAAGAUCCUCUGAUGAACAAGUUGUUUAUCCUUUCGCUCUCUUGGAGCUCCAAGCAGAUGCUGAAAAUUUUAAUUCUAAAGUCGAUAAUGUCAAUACCUACUUCGAAUCACUUGACUCAAAAAUCGAUUUGGUGCUCAAACCUCUUUCCGAGAUCAAGGUUGCUACUCCCUUGGAGCAUGAAAGAGCCAAUCAAUUGGAUCUACACAUUUUUCUUCUGUUAAAGCAUACCCUCGAAGAAGCCGAUGAAAGAUACAAAGAAAAUCUAGACCAUCAUAUCUCCACUACCUCUACAAUGAUCAAGAUUUAG